GGACGCGGAUAUUCGUCUGAGUUAGUCGAGACCCAGACCUAGACGUUACGUGAUUUGUAGUUUUUAGUUUUUAUUUUCAUUUCUCUUUCUCAUUUAGUUGUUUGCGAGUAUUGCUAUUAAUUUUUCAAAUUCAAAACAAUGGGUUCCAGUGCAGAAGAAAAAGGCCCCUGUAUUGGCAUAAGGCACCUGCAAUCGUUGCUACUCUUCCUCGCCAUAGCCGUUAAUUAUAUAGCUCGACUCAAUGUCAGUGUGGCCGUUGUGGCCAUGACAGAUGCAGCCACCACAAAUCUUGAUUUUCCCGAAUUCGACUGGACGGAGACGGAAAGAUCUUAUAUACUGUCAAGUUUCUAUUGGGGCUAUAUUAUCACUCAAUUUCCAGCUGGAUUUUUGGUCCGCCGAUUUGGAGCAAAGAUCAUACUCUUUAUACCGACUUUUGCCACUGCAGUUCUAAGUGGCAUCACUCCCUAUUGCGUCACUUGGGGCGGAUGGCAGGCGUUCUGUGUCAUCCGCAUCAUUGAGGGACUAUUCCAAGGUCUGAUCUUUCCGUGCAUACAUGAACAUCUGGCGAAAUGGUCACCACCAAGCGAGCGUAAUCGUCUGGGUGUAUUUGCUUACUCUGGCGCUGAUUUUGGUUCAGUCAUGGCCAUGUUCAGUAGCGGUCUUAUAGCCAAUAGUUCGAUGGGUUGGCCUGGGAUAUCGUAUGUUUCGGCAGGAAUUUGUGGCAUUUGGAGUUUGCUGUGGCUUAUUUUGGGCUCGAAUAAUGCUCCCAGUUCAUGUCUGAUAGGGCAAGAGGAACGGGAUUACGUUGAGCGUUCAAUGAAAAGAGAAGAUGGAUUCCAUGCCCAAAAGAUACCAGUUCCUUGGAAAGCAAUUUGGACGUCAGUUCCAUUUUAUGCUCUGCUAAUUGUUCGUAGUGCUCAGGGAUGGGCAAACUCCACAAUGCAAUUGCAGACGCCCGCCUACAUGCACGGAGUACUGGAAAUGGAUAUUAAAUCUAAUGCCCUCUAUUCGGCUCUACCCUUCCUGGCCAUGUGGUGUAUGUCGUAUGUUUAUUUGGCGUUUGCUGAUGUGGCCAUGUCUCGACAAUGGAUGUCAUUGACAACUUUGCGUAAAUCGAUUAACACAGUGUCGUAUUGGGGUCCAGCCGCGGCACUUAUCGGCAUUGGUUUUCUGGACAAGAGCCAGACAAACUUGGCCAUUGCAUUGAUGACCAUUAAUGCAGGUUUAAAUGCCGGCUCCGGCAUCGGGAGUAUACUCACCAUCAUCGAUAUGUCGCCUAAUCAUUCGGGCAUGUUAAUGGCCAUUGUCAAUGGCAUUGGCAACUUAUUUCCCUUAUUGACUCCACUGCUGGUGGGAGUGAUUGUCACCGAAACGAGCUCACGUAGUCAGUGGCAAAUUGUCUUCGGCAUGACGGCUGUUGUGUUCUUCUUUGGCAACUUGGUGUACAUAAUUUGGGGCACAACCGAUAAGCAGCCGUGGGAUGCUGUGGAUUUCCUGCAACCCCUCGAUUCGGAGAAUAAUAUGCAACAAAACGGUUCCAAGCCAAGUGGAGACAAUAAACAAGAUGAGACAACAACGAAUACGGAUAGAACGGCAACAACAGUAACCUGAUUAGCUGUAACGGAUUAGAAAUUAAAAGCCAAGAUCAAUAUUAAAAAUAUUUAAAAAUUCA